AUGGUUUUCUGGGUUUUUGGCUAUGGUUCAUUGGUGUGGAACCCAGGUUUUGAGUAUGAUGAGAAAGUGAUUGGCUUUAUCAAGGACUACAGGCGUGUUUUUGAUCUUGCCUGCAUUGAUCACAGAGGUACACCUGAAAGUCCUGCAAGAACUUGCACAUUGGAAAAUGCUGAAGGAGAUAUUUGCUGGGGAGCUGCUUAUUGUGUAAGGGGAGGUCCCGAGAGGGAAAGAUUGGCAAUGGAGUAUUUGGAGAGGAGAGAGUGCGAAUAUGAUAAAAAGACCAUCGUGGACUUUUACAAGGAAGGGGAACCCUCGCAGCCUGCUUUAACUGGAGUUAUAGUUUUCACAUCCACCCCAGACAAAGUAUCAAACAAGUACUACCUUGGUCCUGCCCCGUUGGAGGAAAUGGCUAGGCAAAUUGCAACUGCUCAUGGACCAUGUGGGAACAACCGAGACUAUCUUUUCUUGCUAGAAAAAGCCUUGUGUGCUAUUGGUCAUGAGGAGGAAAUGGUGAUAGAACUGGCAACCGAGGUGAGGAAGGUUCUUGGAAUUACAGGGAAUGGAAUUCCCAUGGAGAAGAAGAUAACUGGGUCAUCACCUAUUGCACUAAAAUCCCAUAUGCCAGCCCUUCAUCUUCGUCCACUUCAAGAAGCUGUCGUGAUGGACUCUUAA